AAACGUGCGCGUUCCAACCGUUCCUUCCUCUACAUAAAGAUCCCAAGUUUCCCCAUUCGUCUCAGCUACAAGGGUGACAAGCAGAAGAACCUUGCUGACUGCACACGCUUUGAGCUGAACGUGCCCAUGCUAGAGUUUCAGAAUCAACUCUGGACCUGGCUGGACUUCUUCAAUGAGGUCAAAACACGAGCGAUAAAGAAGAAGUUGACCCCCAGACCCCGGCUACCUUUCCUGCCCGGUCGGCCGAACGAGGCAACCAAGAGCAGUGCUGCUUCACAUUCGCACGCUUCGCAUCAGCUUUCGUCCACGCACCGAUUCUCUGUAGUCACUGCUUCUGACCAGCGCCCUACCCUGAGUGAAGAAGCGAAACGUGCCCAGCAAGUGCAGGAGAUGCUCCUCGGCCGCCAUGCUCAACAGGUUAUUGUUGUUGCUGAUGUAAAUGUCUACUGUUAUUUUUUUCAGUAG